UCCAUUAACACUCAUUUAUUAAUCUUUAUAGUUACAUUAUUAUUCCCAAAUCCUCCCUACCUCGGGAUACGUCUCGUCAUAUAAAGCAAAGCAUAUCAAAGUGUAUCAAAGAUCAUUCCCGACAAACAAAGAAAAGCUUAAAACAAUGAGUUUCUUCCCAUGUUAUUGUCCUCUGUCUUGCAAUAAAACAAGAUCAGAAUGUCAAAAGAAAUCUACUCAUCACCAAUCAGAACCAUCCACGUCAUCUUCACUGUUGUCUCAACCAAGUCUCCCACUGGUUCCAUCUCUCUCUUCUCUGCUCCAAAGCUCCACCGUCGAGCACCAGUGCGUAGCAACUAUCAAAGGUCACUCCUCAUACGUCUCUUCUCUCGCUCUCUCCAGGAAAUCACUCUUCACCGGCUCUUCCCACGGUGAGAUACGUGUAUGGCCUCGUGAGCCACCGUUGGAAUGUUCCACCGGUAACAUAGUUGCCGCCGGGAGCGGAGGGGUUAAAUCGUUGGUUAUACUCGGAGACAAGCUCAUAAGCGCUCAUCAGGAUCACAAGAUUCGUGUAUGGAAGCCCAUCGACGACGCUAAGUACAAAUGCGUGGCGACUCUUCCGACGAUGAACGACCGUUUCACCAGCCUCUUCACUCAAAAAAGCUACGUGGAAGUCAGAAGGCACAAGAAGCGCACGUGGGUACACCACGUGGACGCCGUUUCAUCUCUGGCCUUGUCACUAGACGGCUCUUUGCUUUACUCUGCUUCGUGGGACAGGAGUUUCAAGAUUUGGAGAACAUCCGAUUUCAAAUGCUUGGAGUCUAUUGAAAAGGCUCACGACGACGCCGUUAACGCCAUCGUGGUGUCUCGAGACGCGUUUUGCUACACGGGUUCGGCGGAUAAGACGAUCAAAGUGUGGAGCAAGAAGGACAAGAAUCACUCUCUGGUCGCUACUUUAAAGAAACAUCUCUCGGCGGUGAACGCUUUGGCCGUUAGCGAAGACGGGAAGGUUCUUUACUCAGGAGCGUGUGAUAGAUCGAUUCUUGUGUGGGAGAGAUUAAGCCACGGAGAUGAUGCUGAUGGGGAGUUACAUAUGACUGUGGUGGGAGCUUUAAGGGGGCACACGAAAGCGAUUAUGUGUUUAGCGGUUGUGUCUGAUUUGGUGUUGAGUGGAUCAGCAGAUAAGAGCUUGAGGGUUUGGAGGAGAGGGUUGUUGGAGAAAGAUGGUUAUUCUUGUUUGGCGGUUUUGGAAGGACAUACCAAACCUGUUAAGUGUUUGGCUGUAUCGGUUUCUGGUUCCGGUUCGGAUUCUAAUUCUGAUUAUUCUUGUGUGGUUUAUAGUGGGAGUCUUGAUCUUUCCGUUAAGGUUUGGAACUUAAGGGUCUCGGCUGUUUAACAGUCUUUUGUCGUGACCGUUGAGUAGUCUCUCUUAAUUUUAUGAACGUGUUGUAUGAUAAUGGAACAGUAUAGGGUUAGUCAUAAACCAUGCACAGUACAGUUCUCUUUUUUCAGUUACAAGGGUCAAUAUAAAUAUGAAGGAUUGUUAAGGUGAUGGUUUGUUUGAAUU